AUGCCCAUCCCUUCCUCUUCAAACCCGCAAGAACCUCAGGCACUUGGACCGAGGAAUAUGCGCCCGGCCGCCGCCGCCGCUGGAGCGCAGACAUCGGAAGAGGCAGCAGGGCGCGGGGCCGACCAGCCGACAGGCGCCGGCGUGAACACGGGGGCGGGCACGACGCGGGAAAAGACCGAGGCGGAGAAGGAGGCCGACCGCCUGUACGAGGAGGCCAUGGAAGACGAGUACGCAAAGAGGGAGGGCGGAGCUUGA